UCAUCUCUCACCAGAGCAACACACCUCUCCAUCAUCCAGCCAAACUCAUUUCAACACUUUUGACAGAAAUUCGUCGAUGGCAUCGAAGAUGAAAGACAGGAAGCGAACUCCCAUCUCUCACAAAGUCAUCGAGAAACGAAGACGGGACCGAAUUAACCGCUGCCUGAACGAACUAGGAAAAACAGUACCGAUGGCAAUGGCAAAACAGAGCUCUGGAAAACUGGAGAAAGCUGAGAUCUUAGAAAUGACAGUUCAGUAUCUGCGAGCGCUGCACUCAGCGGAUUUUCCCCGUGGGAGAGAAAAAGGUGAACUUCUCGCUGAGUUUGCGAACUACUUCCACUACGGAUACCACGAGUGUAUGAAGAACCUGGUGCACUACCUGACCACAGAGGACAGAGCUGAAACCAAAGACAUCAAGUACGCACGGAUCCUCGCCUUCUUACAGUCCAAGUCCCGUGUGGUCACCGAGCCCGUGUUCGGCUCGGUCGGCUCGAUGCCAGAACCGUCUGACUACCUCGGCCAGCUGCACUCUUCCCCGGAGCACCAAAGCCACAGUCCGUCUGACUCCGUGUACCAGCAGAGUCCACCGGGACACUUCUCCUGGCACAGCUCGGCGCGCAGCCCGGGCAUCACGUACCCAACAGUACCGCUCUCUGCGCACACGCAGCAGCACGGUGGAUACUUGUCACCGGUGCAGGGACUCGAUCACCACUAUUUUAACUUUAUCGGUCACACGCACGCAAAUACGUUUAGUUUGCACAGUGCGCAACACGCCAUGUAAAUACGGCUGCUAUGCUUUGUUGCUAUUUCUAUUUAUAUAACUGUGAAUGAAGGAAACUGUUUAUGUACAUGUUGU